ACCACUUUACGCAGGUGUUUACGUUUUCCUACUUCCGUAGCUGCCUAAAAGCGAAAUAACGUUUCUAAUCUAACGUUAAAUCCAAAAUAUUGAGAAAAACCUCGGUUAUGUUUCUUCUGAUUAACUCAUCGUUAAGUUUCAGAGAUGCCUGACAAAUAAAUACUACUAAGGUCGUUUGCUGCCCGCUAUAGGCGCUGUAUCGCGAGUUUUCCUCCUCUUCCAUCGCAGCAAAGCUAAAGCUAAAGCUAGCUGCGGGUCAGCGGCAGUGGACAUAAUUUGAUAAGUAAUCGCCUGAUACGCUUUUUGUUCACUGUAAAUUUAGAUAUCACAUAAGGCAGUCAUGGCCACUAGGCGUCUGACCGAUGCCUUCUUGUUAAUGCGGAACAAUGCUAUCCAAAACCGGCAGAUAUUGGCUGAGCAAGUGAGUACAUACGACCCCCGUCUGAGUACACGUAGCAAUGCUGCGGAGCUUGAUGAGUUGGCAGACGAUCGUAUGGCCCUGGUGUCAGGGAUUAGUCUGGAUCCUGAAGCGGCCAUCGGAGUCACAAAGAAGCUGCCUCCCAAAUGGACAGAGGGGAUUGAUGAGAUCCAGUAUGAAAUCACUCGGGUUCGGCAGAAGAUGAAGGAUCUGGCUUUACUUCAUGACAAGCACAUGAAUCGACCUACACUUGAUGACAGUAGUGAGGAAGAGCAUGCCAUAGAAAUCACUACUCAGGAGAUUACACAGAUGUUUCACCGAUGCCAGCGAGCUGUGACAGGGCUGCAGUCUCGUUGUGGCCACUGUACCGAGCAGGAGGAGAGGUUGUUGAGAAACGUGGUGUCGUCGCUGGCACAGAGCCUGCAGGAGCUCUCCACCAAUUUCAGGCACACACAGUCUGGCUACUUAAAACGUAUGAAGAAUCGUGAGGAGAGAUCAAAGCACUUUUUUGACUCUGGACCACUUAUGGAAGAGGACGAAGAUUUAGCUGUAUAUGACAAGGGGUUCACUGAUGACCAGCUGAUGCUGGUGGAGCAGAACACGGUUAUGGUGGAAGAACGAGAGAGGGAGAUCCGACAGAUAGUGCAGUCCAUCUCAGAUCUGAAUGAGAUUUUCCGGGACUUGGCUGGAAUGGUGGUGGAACAGGGCACCGUUCUUGACAGAAUUGACUUCAAUGUGGAGCAGGCUUGUGUGAAAACAGAAGAAGGAGUGAAACAGUUACAAAAGGCGGAACAGUAUCAGAAGAAAAACAGAAAGAUGCUGGUCAUUUUGAUCCUCUUCGUCAUAGUCAUGGUUCUAAUUGUUAUACUUUUUGGAACAAAGUUUUAAUAAUGCAUUCCUCUGGCUUUUGUUUUCUGUGUGGGUGUUUGUUGUGCAUCUGUGUGGACUUGGACUUGCUCUCAGUUCUGCUCAAAACAAAGCUGACUGCCUUUCAUACCCAGCAGGAAACAUCAUGAAGAAUUCUUCGUCCCCUUUACAGGUGCACUUUGGGAAGUGUGGAGAUGAUUUGUGGUUGAUUUUAAUGAAAGACACAAUCAAUUCUGUCUAAGCCCUGGCUGUUUUAUCAAGUGUCUCGCACCCAAAUCAACAACACUCUGGAACAGAAGUUUGUUGAGCCUAACUAUGUUGACAUAUGUGUCUUAACAAAACAAAAAAAAAUGUUGGUAUUUUAAGACCAAUGUUUAAAUGCCACAGCAGGGUGUUAUCUGCUUGCACUCAAAGCACGACUUGGGAAGUUUGUUGUGACAAUGCAUAGUUUCUGUCCAGUUUCAUCUAAAGUCCUUUUGUUUCUGUGAGGAAAGUGUGACAAGUAAGAAUGUUUGUGAAGCAGAAAUAUGGAGAUAGUUUCAUUUCACUGCAAAUCCAUUUUCAUUCCGAUAUCACAUUUAUGUCCUCGCCUAGUAUUUUCCCUUGAAAGAAUCAAAGAAAAUAUUUUGUAGUACAGUAGGACAAUAGCAGAUAUAAUUAGUAGGUUUUUGUUUUUUUUGGUUUAAGGACCAUGUGUUUUUUUUAUCCCUUUACUCAACAAUUUAAAAAUAAUACUAAGAUUAUAGUAAGACGGGACGGCUUGCUCCAAUUCAUUCUGUAAUUUUUAAAUCAUUACAUCUGCUGCACUUUUGAUGAAGUGAAGAAGAUUAUGUUUGCAGUUUGAUUUGUUAUUAAGCAGGAUAACGAAAAAAACUACUGUCCCAAUUUCCAUGAAACUUGGUGGAAAGGUGUAGCAUGGGCCAAGGAACAUUACAUUUUGGAGCAUAUCCAAAUCACAAAGCGCAUACACUAUGUCCUUCGUCUACAAUUGCGAUUUUUGGCCUUGACGGAGGUCUGUGCUCUCCGAGUACCCUCCUAGUAGUUUAUGUUUUAAAGGUCCUUGCUUAAAGUUCUACCUUUUUUAAAACGCUUGCAGUUUGCACAUAUUGAGGCCUGAGGGUGUAAGGGUGGUUUUGUCCUGGAUGUAAUACUACUGUUGUCAGUCUGAUGAAAGUAAUAAUUUAUUUUUUAAUAACUUAAAAUAAUUAAGAGGUUCAGAGGUGUUCUGUCUGUGGCAGAAUUACUGUAUAUAUCUGUAGUCUAAACAAAACAGUUGUUAUUGUCCACUCCACUGAGAAAACUGUGAUGUAGACCAACACAAGCAGACGUAGAAGGAAUAUGAUUUUCUUUUCAGAUCGGACACAUUACAUUUUAGUUGGCUGUGUUUGAAUUUCUUUAAAUUUCCUUGUGUUCUAUAAGACUGAAGUGCUGAAAUUACGGAGAGCUUUAUUUAACAUAUCUGUGCUCAAAUCUACACUUUAUACACCUGUCAAAUCAUCUUUGUUAUUGAUGUAAAGUUAUGUGUGAAAAAUGGUUAUGUCUUAGUGGUACUCAAAUUUUGUUUUCCAAACAAAACAGGUGAGGAGAUGCAACGGUUUUUUUUAAAUAAACCUGGAACAUA